AUGUGGACGAAUGCACAUUUAAAACGCAAAAAUGUCACAGCCAAGCAACGUGUAAAAACACCGCUGGUUCGUUCAACUGUACCUGUAAUGAAGGUUAUACAGGAGAUGGAACCAUGUGCACAGAUAUUAACGAAUGCACAGUUGGAGCUCAUAAUUGUCACAGUCAGGCAACGUGCAGUAAUACCACUGGGUCGUUCAAUUGUACCUGCAAUGAAGGUUAUUCAGGAAAUGGAACCAUGUGUGAAGAUGUGGACGAAUGCACAUUUAAAACGCAAAAAUGUCACAGCCAAGCAACGUGUAAAAACACCGCUGGUUCGUUCAACUGUACCUGUAAUGAAGGUUAUACAGGAGAUGGAACCAUGUGCACAGAUAUUAACGAAUGCACAGUUGGAGCUCAUAAUUGUCACAGUCAGGCAACGUGCAGUAAUACCACUGGGUCGUUCAAUUGUACCUGCAAUGAAGGUUAUUCAGGAAAUGGAACCAUGUGUGAAGAUGUGGACGAAUGCACAUUUAAAACGCAAAAAUGUCACAGCCAAGCAACGUGUAAAAACACCGCUGGUUCGUUCAACUGUACCUGUAAUGAAGGUUAUACAGGAGAUGGAACCAUGUGCACAGAUAUUAACGAAUGCACAGUUGGAGCUCAUAAUUGUCACAGUCAGGCAACGUGCAGUAAUACCACUGGGUCGUUCAAUUGUACCUGCAAUGAAGGUUAUUCAGGAAAUGGAACCAUGUGUGAAGAUGUGGACGAAUGCACAUUUAAAACGCAAAAAUGUCACAGCCAAGCAACGUGUAAAAACACCGCUGGUUCGUUCAACUGUACCUGUAAUGAAGGUUAUACAGGAGAUGGAACCAUGUGCACAGAUAUUAACGAAUGCACAGUUGGAGCUCAUAAUUGUCACAGUCAGGCAACGUGCAGUAAUACCACUGGGUCGUUCAAUUGUACCUGCAAUGAAGGUUAUUCAGGAAAUGGAACCAUGUGUGAAGAUGUGGACGAAUGCACAUUUAAAACGCAAAAUGUCACAGCCAAGCAACGUGUAAAAACACCGCUGGUUCGUUCAACUGUACCUGUAAUGAAGGUUAUACAGGAGAUGGUACCAUGUUUUUAA